AUGAACGCUGUUGCUGGGUUGCUUCCAAACCUGGUUGCUCAAACAGCUGAGGCCGUUAUUCAACAAACUCUUCAUCCAGAACGCACUAGCACUAAUCCAAUCUCUGGUGGUGAAACUCGUGAGAAUACCACUAACAAUAUUACUUAUAGUAUAGACAUAUGGAUUAUUCCGGAGCAAUACAAAGUUAGACUAGCUACCUACAAAUUGGAAGAUGACGCACAAACUUGGUGGGAAGGAUAUAAGCAAGUCAAAGGAGGGGAUGAUUUUGACGCUAAUCUUUCAUGGGUCGACUUUCGUAAUAUCUUUUACGAUAAGUAUUUUUCGACCGCUGAUAAAGAAGCUUAUAUCAGGGAGUAUGCAAUAAUUCGACAAGGGAGUGAUGAACCAGCCUCUGAGUUCAUUACUCGAUUUUCAAGGUUGGCUAGUAUUGUAGGAGAUGUUGCAGGAUCAGCAGAAGUCCAGGCAGAAAAAUGCAAGUGGGCAGUUAAUGAUCGAAUUCGGAAAUCGAUCAUGUACAUGAAAUUUAAGGAUAUCACCAAAGUUGCUGAUGCAAUCAAAACUUUUGAAUUCGAAAGGAAAGAAUUCCUAUCUCGAACUGGGGAUAAUAAGAAGAGAAAUAGAGAAGGCCAAUUUAAGCAAGAAAUCGGCCAAUCAUCCAUUACGCCACAGCAUCAAGAUCGUAAAGUGCAAGGAAAUCAAAACUCUGGAAAUCAAGCACGUCCAUGGCAACCUAGACUUCAAAACCCGAAGCCUGCUCAAAACCAGAUUCAGUUGUAUGCAGAACCUAUUAGAGCUCAACCACUGAAUCAACAAGUAAACCCGAAUCAAAUUACAUAUCCUCUAUGUAAUACUUGUGGUAAGAGACAUCAGGGCAUAUGUCACCGAAGUACAGGAGCAUGCUUUAGAUGUGGCCAAACUGGACACAUGAUCAAGGAAUGUCCUAAGAAAGAUACUAAGAAGAAUAAUCAACCCAAUGUUGGAGGAAGAAUUUUCGCACUUUCUGCUACUGACGCUGCUAAUAUUCCAGGUACUGUAUCUGGAACCCUUCAGAUUGGUGAACGUAGUAUCUAUGUGUUAUUCGAUACAGGAGCCACCCAUUCUUUAGUAUCCCACUCGUUUACUAAGUAUCUUUCGAUAAGACCAACUCUCUUAGAUCACACUUUCACCAUUUCCACUCCCAUAGGAACUUCAUCCGUAAUCACUUACGUAUAUAAAGAUUGUCCGAUCCGUAUUGAAUCUAUUGUGUGUAAGGCAGACCUAUUUCCAAUACAUAUGUGUGACUUUGAUGUUAUUCUAGGAAUAGAUUGGUUGUCUAGACAUCGUGUAACUAUAGAUUGUCAUUCUCGCCGAGUUAUUUUCGAUGAUCCUCAUCAUCCUGAUAUUAUAUAUCAGGGAACUCAAGCCCAUAAAUCUCUCAAAAUUAUCUCUGCACUUAAGGCUCGAAAAUCUAUAUCAAACGGCUGUGCUGGAUACAUAGCAUCGAUUAAGGAUACUUCUGCUAGUGUUAAGAGUAUCGAUAGCCACUCCGUUGUUCGUGAAUAUCCUGAUGUAUUUCCGGAUGAACUCCCGGGAUUACCACCCGACCGUCAGUUAGAAUUCACCAUCGACUUGAUCCCUGGUGCCGAACCUAUUUCUAAAGCUCCAUACCGUAUGGCCCCGAUGGAACUUAAGGAGUUGAAGGAACAAUUGCAAGAAUUAUUAGAUUUAGGAUUCAUAAGACCCAGUAAUGAUGAUGUUCCCAAGACCGCUUUUCGUACUCGAUAUGGUCAUUACGAAUUUUUGGUUAUGCCCUUUGGGCUAACUAAUGCACCCGCAGUCUUUAUGGAUUUGAUGAAUCGCGUAUUUCACAAAUUCCUAGACAAAUUCGUUAUUGUUUUUAUCGAUGACAUUCUGGUAUAUUCUAAGAGUCGCGAAGAGCAUGAAGCACAUCUACAUAUAGUACUUGGAACCUUGCGGCAUGAGAAGUUGUACGCGAAGUUUUCCAAAUGUGACUUUUGGCUUAGCCAAGUGUCAUUUCUAGGUCAUGUCAUAUCAGCAGAGGGAAUUAUGGUAGACCCAACAAAGGUUGAAGCUAUUACAAAAUGGCCAAGACCCACUUCUGUUACCGAAAUACGAAGUUUCUUGGGUCUUGCUGGCUAUUACCGAAGAUUUGUUGAAAGAUUCUCGGUAAUUGCUUUACCACUCACAAAACUCCUAAGGAAAGGGGUGAAGUACUCAUGGAAUGAGGAACAAGAGAAAAGCUUUGAAGAAUUAAAGAAACGACUCGUAUCCUCUCCGAUACUCGCUCUCCCUUCUGGAUCAGGAGGUUACCAAGUCUACAGUGAUGCCUCAAAGAAAGGAUUAGGUUGUGUGCUAAUGCAACAUGGGAAGGUUAUCGCUUAUGCCUCCCGUCAGUUGAAGCCUUAUGAAGUUAACUAUCCUACACAUGAUUUAGAAUUAGCCGCAGUCGUCUUUGCACUUAAGAUUUGGCGACAUUAUCUGUAUGGUGAAAGUUGCGACAUCUUUACCGACCACAAGAGCCUCAAGUAUAUAUUUACGCAGAAGGAGCUAAAUAUGAGGCAAAGAAGGUGGUUAGAACUUUUAAAAGAUUAUGACGCAAAUAUUCAAUACCAUCCAGGCAAAGCCAAUGUUGCAGCUUGGGGGACACAACUAAAGUUUAGUACGGCUUUCCAUCCACAAACAGAUGGACAGUCAGAAUGCACGAUUCAGACCUUGGAAGACAUAGGAUAUAAUUAUCAUCCACUCCACGUCAUUAGUUAUCCGUUACUUACGAUUCACGAAGAUUUGUCCUACGAAGAGGAACCAGAAGCCAUCUUAGAUCGACAAGAAAGGGUUUUGCGUAGGAAAGUAAUUCCGUUUGUUAAAAUCCUUUGGAAAAAUCACUCCGAACACGAAGCAACAUGGGAAUCUGAAGAAUCAAUUCGUUCUCUAUACCCUAAUCUAUUCCCGCAAUAG